AUGCCGCCGCCCGGCUCCAGCUCAGAGAGACAGCGGGCACAGCUGACGAUCCCGACAGUCCCCAAGUUUCCGUUCUCGUCGCCCAUCACAGAGGAAAUCGCGAGCCCUACCUCGUCGUCUUCGGAGGAACGAGAGAUGGAACGGAAUCGGCCGUUCGAGUUCCUCGUUAAGAUGUCGACGCGGAAUGCCCCCGUACACAAGGCCGUUCCUUCUGGACGGAGUCGAGAGGUUGAGCGCGAGGUCUCGUAUACUGCCGAGGAACGAGGAGGAAGCAGCACCAGCAGUUUGAGCUCGUUUACGGCGCGAAAGAACCUGGAGCGGCCCGUGGGGUUGAAUCUGGAUAUCCCCAAUUCGACAUCUCAGCCGAGGAAUGAGGGGACGGGUGCGUUUGUGGACUUGAAUGAUCUCAAGGUGCUGUCGAGGGUGCGGGAGGACGAGAGGACUGCACAGAAGGUCAAGGGGAUUCUGAAGAAGGGCGAGACGCGAGGGUUCCAGAGACUACCAGAUGACUCUUCAGAGUCCAUAUCACGCAAAAAGAGAGCCUCGCUGCUUGAUCCGCUCCCCAAUAGCCCCAAGAAACGAAGCAGAGACGACGGAGUCUCGCCAACAGACCGUCCGAUUGUCAUCGGCUACUCUGUCCCCUUCGACUCGCCCGAAUUCCAAGACGAGAGAUCAAAGGAGCUUGACAGUGCAGGUACACUGCAGACUCCGCUCACCCCUUCUAUAAUGGUUACCCCCGCGAAAGAAGACAGCUUCUGGCUGCACCUAAGCCCAGAACACACUCGACCCCGAGCGACAUCGAGCGUCUAUUCCCAGCCCUCCCCAUACCUUGGAUAUGUACAAUCCAAUGUACCCCCGGUCCCAGCCCUUCCCGCGCUGUAUUCUACUGGGACCGAGGGUAAGACCUCCGAGUCGCGCAUUGACUCGGUUCGAAAACGACGUUCAUUCUCCACCGGUGCGUUGAAUGAGAAAGAAAUCUAUGAGGACAACGCCCUGCCGGCAGGGCGUUUUCGGUCUCACUCGAAUGAAAAGAUUCUCAACCGGCCUUCUGACAGACUGACUAUCAACACGACACUGAAUGCACGCGCUUCGACUGGGUGGUGGAAUUACAUUUUAUCCCCUCUGCUCAGUCGCACGAGCACACUACUCAGUCGUAUGACGCCUACGACGGAAACCAGACCCCCUCUUCCCGCCAUCGCAACGCACUCAGCUGGCUUGAGUAGCAACGACGAAUGGUGGGAAGAAAAGGAGAGAUCGUACUUCUCCCCCGAUACACCAGAAGCAACAGAAGCUGCUCGCAGGCUUUCCAGCUGGCAUAAUGCGAACAGUGCCAACCCAUUCGCCGACUUCGAUUGGAGUAUCGAGGAGCAUGCACCGGGUAGCAGCAUUAGCCCCAAGGACAAAGAUAUCAAGGACAGAGGAGUCGCCUCGAUGAUGUUCUCAGGACAGCGAAUCGAGGGCGCGGCGGCGGAGUACUACCAAGCGUGCGCACACGAACUCUUCAGCAGAACACCGUACUUUGAAUGCAUCAACCACGUCUGCUCGAUUACCCCGAAGGACAAGAUACCCGCCGCGGCCGCCGUCGCUACUACUAGUCCAACAUUACAGAGUACACACGGGGACAGCAGGGGGCUUCUCAUCGAUAUCGAUGUCGACGACAUGCCCCGAUCCCGAUCCAGUGAUCUUGACUCGCCGAAAUCAGGAAUCACGUCAAUAAACUCGAGUCCGUCGGAUGAUGCGAGCGUGCGUAUGUCCAGGGAGCUGAGAAGGUCAUCAUUCAAAAGCUCAAGGGCAGAACUUAACGAAAGGAUUUCUAGAACCCUGACCUCGAAGAUCGGCUCGCCUGGCCUUGUGUCUGAGAGCCCUUCUGUGGCGAUUGACUCGUCAGCGCCGCAGAACGAAGGCCAGUCCACAAAUCCGUUUCUGCAAGAAUCGAGGGAAGUUCCCUCAUCUGCUCCUACGCCUACGCCUGCUCCUGCGGAUACAACUCACCAACCCCAACCGCCCGCAGCUUGUCCUCCUGCGAAUAUCCAUAUCGAGAGUGCACCCGCUCCGCCGCCAGCGAAUAUCCAUAUCCAGGCUCCGGCUGCUCAGCCGGCUCCGAAUAUCUAUUUUCAACCACCUGCACCUGCUGCGCCUGCAGCACCUCCAGCUCCUGAAAACACGAAUCCCUUUGAAGUACCAGCGCCAGUACCACUACCAGAACCGGCGCCCUUGUCUCGUGCCGCUCCAAUCAUGCCCGAAGCACCUACGGCCGCACCCGCACCAGCCGCUCGUGCAGCUCCACCUCCCAUCGCAAUGCCCUCUGUCGACCAGAUCCCGCCUCCAAGUUAUGGCGUACAGCCACCUUCACCGUACCCACGGUCUCCGGAAAGUCUGCAAGAAAGCGGCGGGAUACGACUUACCAAUAUGCCUGCUGGACCGGCGCCUGCCUAUACACCGCGCGAGAAUGUCGGAUUACCGGCUAGUCCAAGGCCUGGAGUCGUCGCAUGGGAUCCGGUGCCCUGUUCACGAACGAAGAUACAGCACACCUCGUGA